GAAAUAUGCCUACUUGAAACCUCGAGUGCAUACAACAAGGCGGGACGGGCAAAAGUUAGUUUCGACCAGCACAAAGCGAUGUUCGCCCUUCUUGCCAUGCUCAAGAACACGGCGCAUAAAUUUCAGUAUGCAACAUGUGACUGGCUCAAAAAGAUCAAGUUUCUGUUCAUCCAUACUCACAGCGAUAUCAUCAGAAUCUGGUCGUUAAGCACCACUGAACCCGGUGUAUAUAUAAUGAUCAAAGAGAUCAAAAUGCCUUCGCCCCAAGAUUUUAACAAAAAAGCUGAUCAAAUGGAGAAGUUCAUG